GGUUGAGUUUUGUGUUUGACAUGCUUGAAGAAUCAAGAAUCAUAACCCAUGAAAAUGAUGUUAAAACUAUGAAUUAAUAAUACCAAAAUGAUCUAUGAACCUUGGAGAACAUCUCUAUAUAGUUUCGUUGAAGUUCGAUGACUAAAAAGGAGAUUUCCGAAAAAUGGGUCGAAGGUUGAAGAAGACCUCUAAUUCCCAGUCUUCUUCUUCUUCUGAACGCCCAGCUACUUCUCAACAGGAGAAGCCGGUCGACGCCUCUACUUGUGCCCUUUCUACUUCUGCAGAACAAGUGGUCUCGGUAGCCCGGCCCAUGGAUGAGGGUUUUGUUCUGGUCGAUGACCAGUUGUUCUUGGAGCAGCCGUCCUUCAUGCAGAGAGCUCAAGUCCACAAGCUCCGCAACCUUCUUCCGGAAGGUUACCAAUUGUCUUACCGGGCAACGUGGAAGAAUAUUAUUUCCCUCCAUGCUAGUACGACAAUUGGAAUCCACUACCAUUCCAUCAAGAACUCGGGUGAAUUCUCCAUUCACCCCUUCAAAGUCCUCUUCUUUGAGACAUACGGGAUCAUGCCCGGGCAGUUGACCACAAAUGGUCACCGUAUGCUGAGCAGUUUUAUCAAUUUCUGUCAAUUCCUUUGCAUCCCCCUCUCCCUCCGUCUCUUUGACCAUAUGUUCGACGUCUGGCCCGGGUCCAAGGAAACCCUUGAAUUCGUGAUUGUGUCCUCUCACCAGGGCCGGGCUUUUCUUUCUGGUCUCCCUCCUUCCAACAGGGGCUGGAAAGAAAAGUACGUCUCCAUCAAGUUUCCCCCUGGCGACUUCCCUUUCGCCCAAAAUGCCUGGGGGGAAAAAACUCAAGGUCCAGUGGUGAAGUUCAACUCCAAGUUCUCCAUCCCACACAUUGAGGAUGUCGAAGGACCCUCCACCAUCCAGCCACUCAGCCAACAACCCUCCGGUCAACAGCCCCCUCAAGAUGAGCAGCUGGCUCAAUCCCAGCAAGGGACAAACAUUCCCAUUCACUCUCGGGAGAUCUAUUUUGAUAUAGAGACCCUGGAGUUUGACAACAUGCUCGGGGAGACCAGGCAUGCAUUAUAGGCCGGGCAGGAAGGCCAACAGGUGAAGUUAGCCGACCAGGAGGAGGACGUUGAGGAGUCCCGGCAGCGGAAGAGGCGUAGGACAAAGCUUGCUGACCAAUCGGCCCAGUCCUCCGACGCCGGCAAAGGGCAAGGCAAGCCACGGUCCCUGGCCAACUGUUUAUCGUUAUUCUAUCAUGUAUAGACAGGUAUAAUAUGUUUACACAUCUCAUGCUAAUGUAAACAAAUAUUAUAUUCCUAG